AAAGAGGAAGUGACAGCUUGCACAAAUUUGUACAGUUUCCUAGUUUUCUGAAAACCAUACCUGCGUGUUAGAAUUCGUGUCUUGUUUUUGGCGCACGUACCAAAAAACUAGCAAUUCAAACCUAUUUUGCACGCUAACGACUUAAAAAUGGCUGAUGCUGGACAAAAGGACGAGACCUCCGUCGUCGAGGAAGCAGCAGCUGAGUGUCCAGCCGCCGCCAAGGAGUUAGGAGCACCGGCCGCCGACAGCGGGGCACUCUCCGGUGCCGGCGAUGGCGCUGACCAGGAGAAGGAGUCCGCCGCCGAUGAAGAGGAGGCCACCGAGGACAGCACCGAGGAGGCCUCAGCAGAUGCUCCCGCCGUCGGGGCCGUGAAGCGGAAGGUGGACGAGGCCGCCGCCAAAGCCGAUGAGGCCGGUGCCACUCCGGAGAAAAAAAAGAAGGAUGAGGCCAGCACAAAGGACGAGGAGCAAAACGGCGCCUAGAAAAUCGCCUGCGGAGCAGCACACCCAGUAAUCUACUUAAAUAUCAACUAACACUCGCGAAUCACACAACACACAGCGAAACGCACCGCACUGUACAAUCCACCCACCCACUUUACCAACGAUCGCACGUGUGAGCGGAUGAUGAUUGGGUGGCUGCGUGGGUGGGCGAGCGACAUUCUGCAACACCAAUCCUGCGAAGGAUUGUCUCUACUAACAAACAAACAACCAGCCUGGACACCAACAACAAACGACAAACAACAACAAUCGAUUAUGAAUAAAAAACUGUAC